UCCAGGAUUCUUUUCUUUCCGCCGCCAAUGUAAUUCCCGUUUUACCCUCUUGUUUCGAGAUGGUUGGGGUACCCGUGGAAGGUUGGUUUGUAAUUUGGUUGAGAUUGAUAAGGCAUUAGAUGUUGAUGAUUUGGGUGAACAUAUAGUGGGCGCUGAUCAUGUGAUUAGGGUCGAACCAGGAAGUCACGUCUCGGGUAAAAUGUGGUAUUUGAUGUCUCUUUGCAAUGAGGUUGUUUGUUUCCAAAGCGACGCAUGGGAUGACUACUUCAUAGUCAAUUUCUUCUCGGGCCAACUUGUGAAGUUACAAAAUAUGCAUCAAGUGGUGAGUGAAUCUUUGUAUGAACUUGGCUGUGAAGUGGGGUGCUGCCCGGUGUCAGGCCAAUUCAAGGUUCUCUUUUUGUUUAGGGACGAUACCAAUAAGACCAUGGCAAAGAUACAAACUUUGGGUAAUGGUGAAUGGAGGAGUGUGGGCAAUGCACCCGUCUCAGUGCUUUAUGAGGAUAAUUGUUUUCUGAACGGCUCUAGUCAUUGGCGAGGUGACAAUUGUGUAUGGUCCUUUCAUUUUGGGAAAGAAGAGUUCUCCCAAAUCCCACUUCCUGAUGAUAUAAUCUCUGCUGCCCAUAAGAAGAAAAAACAAUUGAACGCUUUCGGCACUUGCCUAUGUUUGGGCAUUUUCGACUCUUGCCUAUGUUUGAGCGGUUUCAUCGGGAGUGUUAGUGUUGGGGUCCACAUAUGGGUUAUGAAGGAGUACGGUGUGAAAGAGUCUUGGGUGAAGCAGAUUGCCGUAGUGAAUGAUAAUAUAUGGAGUGUGCCUGUGGUGCAGUUGGAUAAGGGAAAACUGCUUGUAACUUAUGGACAUGGAUUAUAUUUAUAUGAUCCGCGAACCAAGCUUUCUAAGAGAGUGAAAUUAGAGCGCAAUGAGCCUGAUUGUUGCUUCUCGACGGUGGUGGCUUCGGGGGAUGCAAAGUUCUUGAGGUUUUAAAGAUUCAGGAGUAUGGUGUAAAAGAAUCUUGGGUUAGACAAUUUACCAUAGUAAAUGAUGUAUGUCGUG